UUCUUGGCCCCAAAAAAAUGGCCAGACGAUCCAUAAUUUUUAUUGUUAUGUGGGUACAUUUUUCCUGCACUUUGCCAAAAAAGAUUACAAAAUGUGAUGAUAAUACAACUGAAACAGCUAGUGGCAGAGCAUAUUGGAAAUUUCGGGGCAUUCGUUAUACAACUUCUGAAGAUAUUCUUUGUUGGAAGGACCAUUGGGAACUCUUUUUACGCGAGUGUAACACAACUACUGGCCAGUGGCUGCCAGAAAAUGUUGUCUGCAAACCAGAAGAGAAGAUUAAUAAAUAUUGCCCGGAGGACUUAAACGAAAUUUAUGAUGACAAAGGCUCAAAUAGCGUCACUGACACAACUUGCUGUAAAAAGGGGCAUAACUGGGCAGAAGGCCAAAUAAAACACCUCCAUCGGUCGGUGAUGCAUUCUGACUGCUAUACAAAAGAAAAGUCUAGGCCUUAG